AUGCUCGGCACCCGCCAGCCAGUUCAAACGCAAACACCGCGAGACUUCCUCCGGGCGCCCACAGAAUAUGGCUUCCUCAAGGGCUCCCGGGAAUGGCUGUCGUUGCAGGCUACCACGGUAUGCACGCGGCGUGACGAGGACUCCUGUGGGAGCGAGCCGGUGCAGCAUGUGGACAAAUGGCAUUCCGUGACCUGUACCAUCGCGGCGGAUAAAGAAAAUGUAACCGUGGCUGCCGAGCUCUCCCCGAAUGGGCUUAAGCAGCUACAAACAGAGGUAACUGAACUGCAGAUCCUUGCUGAGAUAUCUUUCAACAGAUCUCUGUAUGAGGGGCUGAAUGCAGAGAACCACAGAACUAAGAUCUUUGUCAUUUUCCUGCCAGGAGAUGUGCUCCUUCCUUUGCCUCUCAUCAUUGGAAGCAGUGUUGGUGGCUUUUUGGUCUUGAUUUUGAUCAUAGUCAUCUUAUUCAAGUGUGGCUUUUUUAAAAGAAGAUACCAACAACUGAACUUGGACAGCAUACGGAAGAACCAACUGGAACUGGACAAUCUGUACAAAGACAAUGAAAAGGAUGAGCUUCCUCGUCCAGUAGAAGAAAGUAUCAGCCAGCCCUCCCACCUCUAGACAUUCGGUGUUACGCUGGCCACUUUGUCCUUUGUUAUGAUCUAGACUGAAUCUAAAAAAUUAUUUGAAGAAUAUUGUUUUCUUUCAUACGUUUUCCCCAAAAUGUCUUGUACCCUGUGCAAAAAAAGGAACUUUGGAAACAUUUGGUAUUAAAUAACCUUAAAGUCUUA